GCCUCCUUGUUUCCGACCCACGAUGUCGAAACCAGACGGAACGACCGCCCGUGCUGGCUCCUGCCUCUGCAAAGGAGUGAAGCUUCAGAUUACAGGAGAUCCUUUUACAUUUGUUGUCUGCCACUGCCAGAAUUGUCAGAAAGCCAGCGGGACGGCGUUCUUGUCGAAUAUGUUCUUCAAGGAUAAGAAUGUCUUGAUUACCGAAGGUUCCGAUCUGAUCAAACGAUACGACGAUAGCAAUACCGCCAGUGGAAGAACACUCGGGCGUCAUUUCUGUUCGAAUUGUGGAUCGACGCUUUUCAUUCGUCCCAGUCUAGAGGCUUCUAACAACGAUUUUGUCAUUGUUCAAGCCUCCACGGUGGACGACUCUUAUAAUUGGAGUGCUCAAUUUCCCCCUUCCGUUCGUAAUGUCUGCCACUGAUUGAUCGUUUAUUUACAGAACCCCGCAAGGAGCUCCAUACCGAUUCGAAAUGGGAUUGGAUUGAUGUUCAUGUGAAGCCUAAAGAGGUCAAGCUUUGAGGGUACAUGAUAUGGCGUUGUACGGAGACCUGUGGGAUUUACCCUAGGUUUUGGAACGGACUUGGAAUAACCCUAACUCGGUUUCCUUACAAAUCCGAACCUCAUAAGAGUGUUAAUUUUCCGAAAGCUUCGGUCUACUCACAUUGGUACAAAGUUUCCGACGUUAAGAAGUCCUCUUGAAUCUGUAGUUCUAUCAGUCCCAUGUCCUGCGAACUCGGGUCGGACUAUAUACGGUCGAGACGUGUCUGGGAUAAAAGAAGUUUUAGUAGCACACCGGGAGUAAUUGAGUGUCAGCUAAAGCACGGAAUCAGUCCCGUGUCUUUAGUACAGGUGGCACAAGUCCAGCC